AGUGGGCGGCGCGCGCGCACAGCUCGUCUCUCACUCUCAGUACAUGCGCGUCCGUAAUCGUCCAACCAGCCAGCGAGCCCGCACUCCUCAAAUCAGACCCAGCCGAACCAACCCGAGCCGAACUACAACGAUCCGAAUCGACAUCACCCCCAGCGCAGUCCAAGGCUGGAGAGCCUGAAUGAUGACCCCUUAGCGCAUCUUUUACGCACUCGACCCGCUGUCCGUCCCUUAAAAGCUCACAUUCCGCCUGUUUGCGCUUGAUUCGCGUGCUGAGAUCAUGGACACAGCACUUCUAAGGACCCAUAUUAUCUUCUCCCUGCUUCUCCUUUUCAUCCAAAUAGUUGUGGAAGCUGAACCGCUGGCCCAAGGCUUGAGGAGGCUCACCGAAGAUGUCGACUGGUCAUACUCAGGUACCCUAAACCAGCACAAGUGGGGUAAGAAGUAUCCAUCCUGUAACAGUCCCAGACAGUCUCCUGUGGACAUUGAUGAGACAUUUACCCAGGUUAGGCUGCUGUACCAGAAUCUACAGCUAGAGGGCUGGAACAGCUUGACAGCAGAGUCUACCACCAUUCACAACAACGGGAAGACUGUGGCAAUCGAUGUGGAUGGGGAGUUCUUUGUGAGUGGCGGAGGGCUGAGGUCCAGGUUUCGUGUUGGCAGAAUCACCUUCCACUGGGGUCGCUGCAAUGCAACAUCAGAUGGGUCUGAACACAGUCUGAAUGGAAUGAAAUACCCUCUGGAGAUGCAGAUUUAUUGUUACAAUUCAGAGGAGUUCCAAAGUCUGGAUGAAGCUAUAGAGAAAGGAGGAAGGGUGGCUGCCUUAGCUGUGCUGUUUGAGAUUAGCUUGGAAGAUAAUGAGAACUUCAUUCCUGUUGUGGAAGCCAUUAACACUGUCAACAGGUUUGGUAAGAGUGGGUCAGUGGAAGCAUUCACCUUGAGGUCCUUGCUGCCAAAUAACACAGACAAAUACUACAUCUACAAUGGCUCACUGACUUCUCCCCCAUGCUCUGAAAUUGUGGAAUGGAUCGUCUUUAAGCACGCUGUGCCCAUAUCGGAAACACAGCUUGAGGUGUUUUGUGAAGUGAUGACUAUGGAGCAGGCUGGUUAUGUGAUGCUGACGGAUUACCUGCAGAACAACGUUAGAGAGCAGCAGCAGCAGUUUAUGGGUCAGGUGUUUGCCUCUUACACUGGAGUCGAGGAGGUGCUCACACCCACCUGCAGUUCUGAGCCACAGAAUGUUCAGGCUGACGCUCAGAAUGACACCACCAUCAUGGUGACCUGGGAGCGUCCCCGUGCAGUGUAUGACACAACCAUCGACUGGUACACUGUCACAUACCAGAAGCUGCAGGGCCAAGACCAGCGCAAGCAGGAGUACAGGACCGAUGGAGACCAGGAUGUGGGUGCCAUCAUCUCCAACCUGCUGGCCAACAGCAGCUAUGUGGUCCAGGUGGUGGCUGUUUGCACCAAUGGACUCAGAGGACGAUGGAGCGACCAGAUAAUCGUAGACAUGCCAUUGGAAGACCCAGAAAGUGAUUCUGACCCUGAAGCUGUCACAAAGGAUUUAGAAGGAAACAAGGAGCUUUCGUCCAUAGUCAGAUGGGAGAAGCCAGUGAAGCAGAAUCCGAUGCAUUUAGCUUCAGAGGACAACAGCCCAGUGGAGGAGAUUCCAUUGGAGCAGACCAGAGUUUACCAGAACCAACCUUCAUAUGAUGAGAACCAGCCCACAGACCGAACCCAAGCCAGCCAGAACAUUCCAGUCCAAGAAGGCACCACUCCAACCCCAAAGACACCCACCGAGGCCCCAGUUUCUCAGAAUGUCAGAAAGAAACAGGGUAAAAAACCACACGAUGUGGAUCAGAACUGGAUUGAAGGUGACCAGAUGAUGAACCGGCCCUUCACUAAUGCAGGCUUUGAGGGCAAUAGCGCAAUAUGGGUUACCACUGAGCUAACCGAACAACCAGGCUUCCUAUUUCCAGUUGUUCGGACAACCUCUCUGCCAGCAAUUCGCCGGCAAAUCACAGAAGAGGCAUCGCUGUCAGUGCUGCCACAUGAGACAAGAGAUCAAGGCCCGCCACACCAAGCUAGUGGAAAUAGCCUCCCUUCUGCUUCACCAGAGCUCUACACAACUCCUAUGGAGGAUAUCCACAUCACAGAUGUCUUCUAUGAAGACACAGUCAACAACUCUCCACAGGAAAUCAUCACCUCCCCUCCAACGAUGUCUGCUUCUGCAGUGCCAGGUUAUAUAGUAGACGAAGCCUUCCCACCGCCCUCUGAAGAUGACGUUGCCCCUGUAAAUGAGCCCCUGCCAAAAACGCUACCCUCCUCAUCUCUUUGGAUCACAGAAAAGGCGGCGACCCCCAGCAAUACACUUGCCGAUUCAGUUUACAAGUCCUUCACCACUUCCUCUCUCCUCAGAGUGCUGAUGCAUACAACUCAGCCCAUGUUCAAUGCAAAUACAGCCACAUCAACAGUUGAAGACUCGACCAUUGAUGCCUCGCCUGGCUUCACACACACUCAAAAGGGAAUUAUCAUCGACCCUGCGGUUGCAACAGUCUCUGAAUGGGCAUUCUCUGCUGAAGGAGAGUUAUCUAGUGUAAUCACUCCAUUACAGACACCCUUCAGCAAAGAUCCUGCCAUCUUCCAUCUUUUUCCUGUCCUCCAUGAAAACAGGAAAAGUGGUGUUAUCGUUCAUCAUAAUGACAAGUCCUCUGAAGAGCCCACUUUUGUUCCUUUACAGACUGAUGUAGAAAACCCUCAAUUCUCUACCACGUCUUCACAGGAUCAAUUAUUUGCCACUUAUUCCCUUCCUAAUUCUGGUUGGAGUACCAUAAACCCGUCAAAAACAAACACUGCUGAUGAAGAAAAAAACAAGUCUCCUCAUUCUCAAAGUGAUAGCAAGAUACGGGAAAUGGAAGCCAGGGCGGAUAAACAAAUUGAUAACUACAAUGUCAGUGCAGUAACAUUUUUCUUUAAUUCCAAAAGUCUGGAUUUGUCAGAGAGUUCAGGGGAAGACAGUGGAUCAGGCUCUGGCCUUGGCAGAAAUGGCUUCAGUGAGGAAAUCAAUGAAGCUGGUGCAGUUAAAACUGAAUUUUCAGUGUUUGAAAUUUCAACUAUUAGCUUCGAGGACAAAAGUAGAUCACCAGUAACUAAGAUGGUCACUGAUAAUGAUAGAUCAUUGAUCAAUGAUAGGGAUGGAACAAAAAGCAAAAACUAUGAGAAUGAAAAAGAGGCAAAGAUAUGGGAGAAUGAAAGUGAGCUAAACAGAGAGGAAGGAGAAAAUAUAAGAGAAAGGGGAGUAAGAAAUGAGAGUUUAAGAAAUACUGAGGAGAUGCUGAAAGAAAAAAAGAUAGUGGCAAGUGUAUUAGGAACGACAAUAUAUGGUGAUACCCGAAGCGGGGCUGAGGAUGUCAGUGGCUCUGGAGAGCACGAUGGGCUUGACCUUAGAGAAAAUCUAAAGGUACUUAAUAACAGUAAAAAAGGUUUCAGAACUGUAGGUGACAAUAAUGCCAAAGGUCUCAAAGGUAAUUUUUCAAAAAGUGAAAAAGCAGAGUCCGUACUAUUUGACCACAGUGAAGAACAAGGCCAUGGUGACAGCAUUGAUAAACACAAUCAAAACAAAAGCCUUACCAGUCCAUUUUUAGGGGUUGAAUCUGCUUUUGAGAAUAAAGAAUACAUAAAGGGAGGUACUAAAGAGGACAAAGAGGCUAUAGCUGAAGCCGGGGGGAAGGAGUUCACCAGUGUAGAUGGGUUACUGUUCGAUGGUGCAAGAAACCCUGAGUUGGGACCUCUUGUUCCUCUGGUCAGACUGACGGACACCAGCAAGGCAACGGAGGAGCAACUGGAAGAGCGAAGCAACAGCAGCCACGAGUCUCGGGUCGGACUUGUUGAGGGUGUGGACAGGGAGAAGAGGACAGUCAUUCCUCUGGCUGUCGUAUCCACUCUCACCAUCCUUUGUCUGCUGGUACUAGUGGGAAUACUCAUCUACUGGAGAAACUGUUUCCAAGCAGCUAAUUUCUACCCAGAUGACACAUCCCCUAAAGUUGUAUCUGCUCCAUCUACACCCCUGCUGUUGGCCACAGAUGGUCACGAGCCGCUGACAGUGAAGCAGUUUGUGAAGCAUGUCAUGGAGCUCCAGACCACCAACACUUUCUCCAAGGAAUUUGAGAUUGUCAAAGAGUCCUAUGAGGAGGUGCAGGCAUGCACAGUGGACAUGGGCAUCACUACAGACAGCUCUAAUCACCCUGACAACAAAAACAAGAACCGAUACAUCAACAUACUGGCCUACGACCACAGUAGAGUUAAGCUCUCUAACAGUUUGGACAGAGAUGGGACAUGCGGGGACUACAUCAACGCAAACUUUGUUGAUGGUUAUGAGCGGACGAGGGCAUACAUCGCAGCUCAGGGGCCUCUAAAAUCAGGCAGGGAGGACUUUUGGAGGAUGAUCUGGCAGCAGAAUGUUGGAGUUAUUGUCAUGAUCACCAAUCUGAAGGAGAAAGGACGGACAAAAUGUGAUCAGUACUGGCCAGAGGAGAACCAGGAAGAAUAUGGGCCUUAUCAGGUGACACUGAAAAACACCAAGACACUUGCUUACUACACACUCCGGAUGUUUACUGUCAGGGAUACUGGAAAUAAGGUAUCUCAAAGGAGGGUCGAACACACAGUCCUCCAUUACCAUUACACCCAGUGGCCGGACAUGGGCGUCCCAGAAUACACUCUGCCCGUCCUCUCCUUCAUUAGAGCGUCCUCCAGGGCCCGCACGCAGGAGAUGGGACCUGUGUUGGUACAUUGCAGCGCCGGUGUGGGAAGGACAGGAACCUACAUUGUGAUAGACAGCAUGCUGCAGCAGAUCCAGGAUCAAGGGACAGUGAACGUUCUUGGCUUCCUGAAACAUGUCCGCACACAGAGGAAUUUCCUGGUUCAGACAGAGGAGCAGUACAUAUUCAUCCAUGAUGCCUUAGUUGAAGCUAUUUUGAGCCGGGGCACCUUGGUGACCUCUGACCUCCUACACAAUUACGUCUCUGACCUGCUGACCCCUGGUGCCACAGGCAGGACACGUAUGGAUAAACAGUUCAAGUUAAUUAGUCAGCGUCAGGCGAAGCACGCAGACUACAGCACUGCCCUGAAAGAUGGCAACGCUGAGAGGAACAGAGCCAGAGCUCUAAUGCCUGUGGAGAGAUCAAGAGUCACUCUGACUGCUUCAGAAUCAAACUCCACAGGCUACAUCAAUGCAUCCUACGUGAUGGGACAUCACUACACUAAGGAGUUCAUAGUGAGCCAGACUCCUCUGAGCAGCACGGUGGCAGAUUUCUGGAGAAUGAUCUGGGAACACAAUGCACAGAUCGUUGUCCGUCUGCCAGACUCAAACAGCCAGAGAGACGAAGAGUGUCGUGCGUACUGGCCCAGUAAAGAGCAGCCCCUGAGCAUUGAUGGCUUCACUGUGUCAUACUCCAGGGAGGAGCACAUGUGUCUGUCUAAUGAUGAGAGACUUUUAGUGCAGGAGUUCACAGUCCAGUCUCCACAGAACAAUUAUGUGCUGGAAGUGCGUCAGUACAGCACCACCUGCUGGCCCAACCCAGACAGUCCGAUCAGAAACAGCUUUGAUCUCGUUAACAGAGUCAGAGAACAGAGCACGCACACACAGGGACCGGUGAUCGUACAUGAUCCUUUGGGAGGUGCUACGUCAGGACUGUUUUGUGCCCUCACCACCCUGUCCAAUCAGCUAGAGGAGGAGGGAUCGGUAGAUGUCUACCAAGUGGCACGGAUGACCAACCUCAUGAGGCCAGGGGUAUUUAAUGAUAUAGAGCAGUACCAGUAUCUGUACAGAGCGGUGUUGAGCCUGGUGAGCAGUCAGGAGGACCAGAGAGCUCUACAGAAUCCAGAGACCAACGGAUCUGUACCACUGGGCCAGACCAACAUCGCAGAAAGCCUGGAGUCGCUCAUGUAGACAUCCACACAAAAAUGUGCAUGAAAGAGAAAAUAAAUCACACGAGCGCACAUUUGAGAUUAUGAGAAGAAAAGAGUACGUCUGCUGAUCAUGCUAAUACUCUUAAUUACUGCAUAUUCAAGAAUCAUUAUUUAUACGAUCAAUCUAAUGAACGUCAUUUAAUCUAAAAGACUUCAGCUCUAAAGUCUUUUCCCUUUCAAUCACUUAUUAUGAAGAAAAAUCUUACUCUGCCCGACAAGAGAUGAUGAAACACCUGAAAGUGUCCUUUUUGUUAUGUUAGCAUGCACAGCAGACAAGGCUACACAAUCUACCAGAUCAGAGAAAAAGGUACCUCCUGCUUCUAAGGGACCCUUUGUAAGUGAACAACAAACAAAACUGUGCAACAUUUAUAACAAUACAUUAUUAUUUCAUGUUUAAUCAUUAUUAAAAGCAUUAGUUCGAAUUAGGUCUGGCACGGUGGUUAGCACUGUUGCAUCACAGUAAGAAGGUCCUGACUUCAAUUCCAUCAGGCCGGGGUCUUCCUGUGUGGAGUUUGCAUGUUCUCUCCAGGUACUUUGGCUUCCUCCCACAGUCCAAAGACGUGCAGUUAGUGGAGUAAGGCUAAUUGGAAACUCUAAAUUGCCCAUAGGUGUGAAUGGUUGUCUGUGUCUGUGUUAGCCCUGCAACAGACUGGCGACCUGUCCAGGGUGUACCCUGCCUCUCGCCCUAAGACAGCUGGGAUAGGCUCCAGCUCCCCUGCGACCCUGAAAGGAUAAGUGGAAGAUGGAUAGUUGGAAUUAGGUGAUAGUGGUAAGACAGUCUCCAUCUCUGUAUCUGACACUGGUCAGUUUGAAGUUUUUUUGUUUAUUUCUAAUGACAGAUCCAUUAUAGUUAAAUUCAAUCUGUCUAUUAAUGUUUCUUUUAUCCAUUUUUUCUUUCAUUUUAUUAGUAUAUUCUUUUAUUACCGUCAUAGGUUACACCUUCCUUCUAAGAGAAAAGAAAUCAAUAUUAGAGAAAUGCACAGGCAAAAUGGAAUUGUAGAAAUGCCAAUAAAUGUAGAUAAAGUGCAAAUUCUUACUUUAUUGUUAAAAAGGGAAACAAUGCAAGACAACCCUCCGUUUCCCUGCAAAAUAUCAAAUGCACUACACAUUAACCAGCACAUUCUGGGGCUUAAACUACCACGUAUCCUUAAUUAGAAUCACGUUCUUACUAGCCAAACCUCUCCGAGGCCUCACUGGUGAGAACUGAAGCAACUGCUCGUUUUUUUUUUAACGUUUACGUCACCUUGCAACUGGCUCCAUUGUCUGUGGUACCCAGUGCCUUUUGUACGUCUCGUUAUUGUUGUUUUUUUUUAGUGUGACUAAUAUGCCAAAAUCCUGGUGAGGUGUUUUUAUCUAUUUUCUUAAAGGUGAUCCCCUGUGUUGUUGAUCUUGUUAAAAAACUGCCAUGAGUUUCAGCUGUUUUGUUUAAAAAAGGAAAAAAAGAAACAAAAAAAGUCCAAAUCUGGGAUUUAAAGUGAUGCGCGGCUCAAAAUCCAUUUGAAAAUAAAUCAUAAGUGAUGACAUUUCUUAUUUUCUUAUAGAUGUAGGCAGAGAUUUUUUUUUUGCCAUCAUGUUGUAAAAAAUCACCGCUGUGAAACGAGACAAGGGAGUGGGAAGUAAUAGAAACUGCCGAUAUUCUUGAUAUUUUGGGAGGCUUAACGUUCUGUUAAUACUAAGCGGCACAGGCUGGCAAUGAAAUUCUUGGUAGCACUUGCUGUGACUGUUUCCAUUUUUCUAAAAGGGUAUUUUAGAAGUAUUUUUUAUUGCAUCAGACACGUUUAGCCAACUUGUGAAUCCUUUUCUGGUGUAAAUCACAGAGACCGCAGCUGAACACGCUCAGAGCAGUCCUAACUGGAAUAAAAAGUCUUUAUGUGUAAAUAUCCCAGAAUACUUUAAAGGCCAAAUUACUGUAUGUUUAUACUGUACCUCUACAUAUUUUCUAUUUUACUACAAAAAGUGAUUUUCUAGUCCUUUCCACACACACAUGCACACACACACAUACAUAUAUAUAUAAAACUGUGUGGAUUCUAUUUGAUAAUUUUAGCCUGGAAAAAUUGAUCAUGUUUAUAGUUUUAAUGAAAUUGCAUCUCUUUUUAUCUCUAUAAUUACAGUAGCAGCUUAAUGUCUACACCUUUAUCUCCAGCUAUGAACUGGUGCUGUAUGUAUAAUGCAACAAGAUUAAAGAUUUGUUCAAACUUU